AUGCCCCAUGGGCAGCCACCCAUGGGGCCCCCGCGCAGACAGCAAGACUACUACAAUCCGGCUCCUCCUAACAUGCGCGCUCCGGCGUACAUGGGCUAUCCACCCCACAUGAAUGGUCAUUUGCCUCCUGCCUACUCGCCGCAGCAGUUUCCUCCAUGGUAUCCUCCUUACGGCCACAUGCAGCAAAUGCCUCCCCGUCCAUAUCAAACCCCAUAUGGGCCGAUGAUCGUGUCCUCAUACCCACAAGCUCAGCCGAUCAUGGCGCCAAGCCACAUGCCCCAUCACUCACUCCCCAUGCAACCACGAGCGGCGACUCCUAUGCAGUCCACCAUGUCACCUUCGCUGUCAGCCCCGCCCCCGCUCCAAGCAGAAAUGCACGAGCCUCAUAGCAUGAUGCCUAUUCAGUCCCAGCAAAUGUACCCGCUGGUCUCCUCGCCACCACACUGGGAGCCAAAGCCAGUCGUGUCGCAGCCCGAGCCCGUCUUCACUCCGCCAGUACCGUGGGUGUCAACAACUGACGUCGACUUUCCAACGGCCUCGUUCUCCCGCAGAAAUGUCCGGCCUAUGCCAGAAGAAGUCCAGUUCCCUCCCAAGGAUGGACGCUGGAUCAUCGGUCCCUUCAAAGGCAAAUAUGUGAAGCCCAAGCAAGCCCAAGCAACAGCUAUAGUCCCAUCAGAGCCUCAGACGCCGACCACGUCGGUUCCUUUCUCAGAUGGCCCAUCUACUCAAGCAACUACACCAUCGUCUGCUGAUCCUUCAUCUACUCCCAGUCAGCAGGUUAAGAGAAAGGAAGCUAAGCCCGCAGUUCCAAUUGUCCCAGUGGUCCCAACUACACCUGUCGCGCCACGCCGUGAUCCCAAGGACAGCUUUAAACCCAGUCCCGAGGCAUCGGACGCAACGGGGCCCAUUGCGGAGUCAAUUCCGUCGACAUCCGCUACCGAGAACACGACUGUUCCCACUUCACCUGUUCAGUCCGCGCCGAAGUCGUGGGCUGACUUGGUUCGGAACAAAAAUGCUGCUCGUUCCGCGGGCAGUGUUGCGCCAGAGACAAAUCCGUUGGCCGUCCAGAAGAACGAGUCCCUUGCCGAUGUCCUGAGCAGCUUGAGCGAAGAUGUCUCCCAGUACAGUGAUAAGAUUGCUUUCCUGGAGCCCCGAGGCUUGGUGAAUACUGGCAACAUGUGCUACAUGAAUUCUGUCCUUCAAAUACUGGUGUCAUGCGUUCCAUUCCACCAAUUCCUCGACCUUGUUGGCCGGCGUGCGGCCCAUAGCUUUCAUAGUGAUAUGCCGUUGAUUGAUGCAAUGAUAAUGUUCAUGCGCGAGUUCAACGUCAUCGACGCUGCGUCAUCUGAGGAGCAGCUUCGGCUUCGCCUGAAACCGAACGAACUUGAACAAUAUGGGGAAGCCUUCGUUCCAGAAUUCGUCUAUGAGAUGAUCCGCCAGCUUCCCCGUUUCCGUGAUAUGCGGCGGGGUCAUCAGCAGGACGCUCAGGAGUUCCUCGGUUUCCUUCUUGAGGAACUGCAUGAGGAAUGUGACCGUGCUUCUAAGCGCAUCUCUAAGUCACAGAAUGCCUUGGGGGUAGAUGGCCAUGAGUCAUUCCAUGAAGCGGCUGGUGAUGGUGAGUGGCUUGAGGUUGGCCACAAACAGAAAGCAGCCGUGACUCAGCUGUCAGGCGCGAUUGCUGCAGAGUCUCCGAUCACACGAAUCUUCGGUGGAAAACUACGUUCAGAGUUCAAGGUACCAGGAAACAAGACAUCUGUCACAAUGGAGCCCUAUCAGCCUCUGCAGCUUGAUAUUGGAGCCCCUGAUGUCCACAACAUCAUUGAUGCGUUGAAGGGGCUCACCAAGCCUGAAAGCAUCCAAGGUGACUUCAACUCAUCCCGGGGCCCGAAUGUCACCGCUACCAAGCAGAUGUUCAUCGAAACGCUACCUCCUGUUCUCAUUCUCCAUCUCAAGCGGUUCCAGUAUGACAGCGUCACCGGCGCCACGCAGAAAAUUUGGAAGAAGGUUGGCUAUCCCCUCGACCUGGAAAUUCCUCGUGAAGUAUUCCCAGCCCACAGGCGCAAUGCCCUCGCAGCCCAGGGCGGGUUGCCUAAGUACCGUCUCAUGGGAGUCAUCUAUCAUCACGGAAAGAAUGCGAGCGGUGGUCACUAUACUGUUGACGUGCGACGCCAAGACGGUCGUGAAUGGAUUCGUAUGGAUGACACGGUGAUCCGUCGUGUGCGAAGCGAGGAUGUCGCAGAGGCGGGUGGUGAAGAAGACCCGAAGGUGCUUGCGGCUGCUCUUGAGCAACACCGCAACGAUAAGGUCCCUCGCUCCAAUAUCUUUGAGAACAUCGAUCAGGACGAUUUAGAAUCCGCUGAAAGUGACAAAGGCUGGAGCCAGGUCAACGGGUCUUCUGGGCAUUCGAGCAAGAAGUCCAUCAAUGGUAUCGCACCCGCCUCCAAUUCAUCUUCUGGGGUGCGGACUCCGCUUGGUCGAUAUGGCUCGCGUGACAACCGUGUUGCCUACCUGUUGUUCUAUCAGCGUGUCGCCUAA